GAGAAAAACAUAGAUAGAGAUUUUAGACCGAUAGAGUCUCAGAGAGAGAGAGAGAGAGAGAGGGAGAGAAGAGAUGCCUUUUCAACAUUUUGAUCACCCCCAUCUGUUGGAUCUCCAUGAGUUGCAGGAAGGAGAGAAAAUCCAGUGCUCUGGUUGUGAAUUACCCGGCGGCUCCGAUUCCAUGUAUGGGUGCAAUUCCUGCAACUACUUCCUCCACGAAAAAUGCCUCAAUCUCAAACGAUGGAUGGAACACCCGGCGCAUCCAGAACACCCCCUCACCUUUCUUCCCAAACCCACGUAUCCCAACGGUUCCUUCCGAUGUAACGCUUGCGGUGAUGAUGGUAGUGCCUUCAGCUAUUGCUGUGCUUUCUGUGAAUUCGAUCUCCACACUCACUGUGCUUCUUUGCCUCGGACCGUAGUCCAUGAAGGCCACUCGCAUCCUCUCACUCUCACUUUUAAACUUUCUGGAGCCGAGACAACUAUUUUUACCUGUGAUGUUUGCAACGGCAAUGCCGACCUGCAAUACUGGGUGUACAACUGUGACGACUGCAACUUCGGAACCCACUUAGGCUGUGUGGCUCAUGCUCAGGAACCACCGCCAUCGAAUGGAUCAUCCAACGAGCUGGAACAGCUGCAGCAAUCGAUGAAUCAGAUGAUGGAAACCCAGCUCGAGAUGGCUAGGCUUCAAAAUGAGAUCACUAAGACCCAAUUAAUUGCAGCAUCCAUGCGGUGGGCUUACCGUUAAUCCUUGCUUGAACCCUGUUUUCAUUGAAAUUAGCGGUUUCAUAUUUUAAUUGUAAACAAUAGGAAUAUUUCCCUUCCCUGUUGCUCUGUGAGGCUCCAUCCUCCAAUAAUAAGACUUCGGAUUUCAAGAAUUUUAGUUUCAA